UAAAAGCUGAAGAAAUGUGAAAACUGUUCACAAUAGGGCCUAUUUAAUAAGUUGCCAAGCAAAUGAGAAUUUUAUUGGAUAUAUUAAUUUAGUAUCUAUAUUGUCGACUCCGCAAUUCGUUUCGAUCUUUAAACACUGGUGUUGAGGGGGUGUGGGGCCACAGAAAGAAAAGGCGACAAAGAAUCUCCUCCAUCUAUCUGUUUGUGUGUGAUUACAUUUAACAACACUUCAACGGUGUACUACGUAGCUGGAAAAUAAUCUGAACAAUGUCAUGUGUUCUUUUACUGCUGCAAAAUUCAUAUGCACCAUUGUUUUGGUGAGCGCAUGGCUUUGUGCUGAAUCUUGUGAGGAAACUCUCAUGCCAGACAUUGAACGCAUUACAUUCGUUGAGGGCGAGGCCAGCUCCAUCUCCUGUUUCAUAUCAAACGGAACGGCGACGUCACUGACGAUGAGCUUGCUACAGCCCAAUCUGACAUCGGAGGAGCUGCUGGAGGUCAGCGAAUCCGGUUUCACAGAGGCUGAACCAGACUGCUGGCAGUACUACAUAAAAUACAGCUUCGUGCCAAACCGGAGGAUGAACACGGUACCCCAGUCACAGUUCAGCUGCAGUGUCCGAAACAGGAAGGGCUUCUUUUCCAAACUAGAUAUCAUUGUUGAAGUGAGACCGUUUGGACCAAAUGUCACUAUUCCGGAUGCGCUGGAAGCAGGGAUGAGUAUAAACACAACAUGCUCUGUUACAGACGGGUCUGGACCAUUUAGUCUGACCUGGUACUUGGAAUCCACAAAGAUGAACUCGUCUGCAAAAACGAAAAUGAAUGCAGACGGGACUAGAGGUAUAGAGAACACGUUAGAGUUGGAUCUCACCCCGGAGCACAGUGGGAAAGUCCUGAAGUGUGAGCUCGUUCAUGGUAGAAAUUACCAGAGACACGUCUCAAAGAGAUUGACUGUAAAAUUUUCUCCCAUCGUCACUGUGCCUACGUCAAACUAUUCCAUCAAAGAAGGCAGCACCGCGAGUCUGGAGUGUUACGUCCGGGCUGAACCGAUCAGUGUUGUAUGGUGGACUAAAGACAACGCCAACAUCAGUGUCGUAGAGUUGACUAAAGACAACGUCAUCAUCGAAGAAGGUGGUUCUGAUCGAUACAGCAUUGGAAAUUCAUCUCACGCCUCCCUAACCAUACGGAAUGUGAUGACAGACGACAGUGGAAUGUACGUCUGCUCAGCUAGCAACGAUAAAGGAACAGCAACAAGUCAAAAUAUCACAGUGGAUGUGAUAUAUCCUCCUAAACCUGACAAUGUGACGUCCUUGAUAACGGCCACGGUGGGAGAUGCUGUCACUCUGACGUGUUCUGUAACAGCUAACCCCGCCGUAACCAUGGUCACCUGGAAGUAUGGAAAUACGUUGUUACCAGAAACGGGGACGACACUGAAUGUCAACAUAUCAAACUCCUCGUUUGGUGUCUACACGUGCAUAGCUACAAACCCCAUUGGCUCAUCAUUGCUCAUAGAGUUUACGCUGAGAGAGACAGAGGCAGAUGCAAAUUCUGUAACACCAAAAACAAUUACAGAUACAGACUGGACUAAACAAUUUGGUUUCGACAUAAAGCUAGUGCUAGCAGCCGUUGCACCCGUUUCCUUCUUCAGUAUCUGUGUGUUUGCUGUGUGCCUUGUUAAGAGAGUGAAAUCCGUCAAGGAUGGUUGUCAAAGCAAACAGCCUGAACAAGACACCUCGGCUCAUCAACAACCAGUUAGAUAUACUGACUCGUCUCAAAAGCCUACACUACAAGAAAAAGUCCAACCAAGUACUUCAUUGAACUAUUCUGAGAAGCCACCUGAACCUUUGUCAUCAGAAGAAGCUCAGACAGUCAUUCCACUUAAAUCCCAGAAGACUCAACCUCUGUUAUCAGAAGAAAGUGAGACAUUCACUAUACGUACUUGUUCCAAGAGGUCUUGUGAUUUUACAUCAUCAGGAGAAAGCCAAACAUUUACUAUAGUUAAUUCUGAAAGGUCUUUUCUACCUUUGUCGUCAGACGAAAGCCAAGAGCUUGUUUCAGAAAAAAAGUAAAAAAAGUAAAAUAAAGAUGUAAAUUAAGCCAAAUCCUCAACAGUCUUCAAAUUUCGAGCUCACAAAUCUCACCCACUCCCAGACUUUGAAUUUGCCCAAGAAACCUGGUGUUACGGGAUACAGACACUGAUCUAAAGGGGUUUCUGAAGGUACAUGCAGCUCCAUUCUGAACCUCAAAGUGCCCUGAAUCUCCUGUGACCAACAGAUGAAUACAAUGGAUUUAUUUCUUCAAAUCAAGGAGAUGUAAUAUCUAGGACAUCCAAAGUAUUUCUGGAGGAAGAUUGUCGUAUAUAUUCUACAGACAGAAGUAGGAUAUUACGUGAAAUCCUGGAAUCGAUGUUACUUGAAAUCCAACAGGGAAGAUUGUCGUAUAUAUUCUACAGACAGAAGUAGGAUAUUACGUGAAAUCCUGGAAUCGAUGUUACUUGAAUGAAUGAAUGAAUGAAUGUUUAACGACACCCCAGCACGAAAUAUACAUCGGCUAUUGGGUGUCAAACUAUGGUAAUGGAAACAAGUAAGGUGAUGAUCAACAUCAACACAA